AUGUUCGCUGGCAAUGCUGAAGCGACACGGAUGAUGAGGUACGCAGGGCAUUGUGCGGCCAAGCUAGACUACAAGUAUCACGUUGCUGCCGGUGGGAAGCAGAACUUCAUGGAUAUCUUGACCCCAUCAGGGUUUCUGUUGGCUUUGUCAACCGUGCUUCGUGGAGAUCCUCGGGGAUUUUGGUGCCAUUUUGGCAUCAAAUGUGGGAGCUGGAGUCAAAUGAGUCAAGGGACGUCCGGGAGGUCUAUUUGCACAUCUUUGGGAAACCAGGAUCAUGCUUUUGUUCGGGACGGUAACUGUAUGGCUUCUCGGAUGUGUCUCUUGCUGCUGGUCGUGACAGCCCUGUCGGGUGUGUGGUCUGUUGAACAGCCAAGCGGCAGCUUCCUGGAGUUCUAUCCACGCUUCCGUUGGGUGCUGCAGACAUUGGGCGAAGGUGCAGUUACCAAAGUCACCUGGCAUAUGCGCCACUAUGGAGCUCCUACGCCGAAGCCACACUGGGCUUUUGCAAAUGCAAGUGCCAUAAGCCAACUUUACCAGGGGCACUAUCCGCCCCAGUUCGGCUUGCGCCUGGUGGAGCUCCACGAUCAGGUGCUGGCCACAAAAAGAGGCAUGCCCCAGCUGCCGGAGGAGGUGGCGUCGGCGAUGGAUACCUUUAGCCAGAUGGACUAUGAUGACUUGUGGGAGGAUGCAAACCUAGUUGAAUGUGUCCGUUAUGUGCGUGGGGGCACCUCUUUACGAAUCCCAGAAGCUUUCCGUCCUUUGCUGCCCACAUCACUAUGUCUGAAGGCGGUCACACGAGACGGGGAGAACCCUGCUGAGAUCGAUGAGGUCGAGGCGAUGGAAAGGGAGCUUCGAGAGCUGGAGGCCAAGGCCAUAUGCAGAAGGGAGAAGAUGCUGGAGGCAUCCGUGGCCGAGACCCAGCCAGAGCUGGCAGAGCUGGAGCAACGCGUGCGCCGGAUGGUCAUUUCCGGCACUAUGUCCUUAGACACUGCCAGCACAGUGCUGGGUUACCGGAUCACAGGGUGCAGUCCUGAGAAGAAGAAGGCACGAACAGAGGAGCCAGCCGAGAACCCUGGGACCACGAGCAAGAACACAAAGACUGACAACAACGAUGGGAUGAGUGACCGAGGGCCCCCGAACGACUGUAAAGUGGACACAGACGACGACGAGGAGGCGGACAAGGAGGAGCCCUCAGGGGCCAAGGGCCCAGAUCCGGGCCAGAAGAGCAGGGCGGCCAGGAACGCAAAGCUCCGCCGUCUUUGCCAGCGCAAGAAGAACGGUUCCUUGAAGGUGCCAGUGUGGCUCCACGAGCUGUGGAAGGCAGGCAACCACACUGCCCUUGCUAUGCAGUACGAGGAGAAUGGCUACGACAAGGACAAGUUCGUGACGUCCGUGCAGAACAGCAUCGCCCGCAAGGACAGAAAGACCAACUCAGUCGAGGAAGGCUGGUACUCCAAGGAGGACAUGCAGCGGGUUCUGCAUUGGAACCCGAAGAAGAUCGCUGGUGCCAUUCGUGCAUGCGAGGCCAACCGCACGACCUUGGUGAGGCUCUUGCUGGGGUCUUCACGAUACGGUGGAGAGGACGAGUACUGGGUGCAAGUGCGCGAGGUUGGAGUCAGGGAGGUGGCCGAAGAGCGGGAGCAGCGGGAGCGCCGUGAUGCUCUCGACGACAACUAUGCUGGUCUGGACAGCAUGCACAGCCGCAUCGAAGCUAACGAGGCUCCUGCUGUCCAAGUGGCCAGCGAGGCCACUAAAGCCAAAGAGACCUUCCGCAAGUUCAUUGACAGUGUGCUGUCGAAGAGUGCCAAACUUCGUGCGCUGAUCCGUGACCUAGUGAAAACCUACGAUGACCCUCUGGCCACUGCGACUCCUGCCAGCUGCACUUCGCAGAUCGAGUUCGCCCAGGCGAUGACAGAGCAGUUCGGAGAGGAGGCUGUUGCAGCAGCCGGAGUUUCAGAGUGGGCCAACGCAGGCCUCCGAAACUCAGAGCGAGAUCUGCACAGAGUUAUCAAGCGGCAAGGUUUGCGACUGGAUGUGGGGUUCAGUGAGAUGCGGCUACAAGACCAAACUUCCAUAGAUUGGAUACGUCCGACGACGUGGUUGAGGUAUCUAGUCGAACAAAACCUUUGGUUCCAUCUGACGGGCUUGACCUCAGCAAACUUAGAGCAAUGCCAGGCAACGUGGUCUGGGUAUUGGGACAGGUUCUUUCAGUUGCGACCUGACAUCGACAAGCCUGAAGGUUUUGAUCCCCAGAACACAGCAGCUGUCUACAUUCACGGAGAUGAGGGGCGCACGCUGAAAAAGGGUGCGCUCAUGAUCAUGGGAUUUCAAUCCUGCCUUGGCUAUGGCUGUGCUAUCAAUGGACGGACGCGGAAAACAACAGCGAAGGCCGAUUGCAACUGGCAAGUGAACUAUGCUGGGCACUCUUACACGACGAGGUUUGUGACGAACAUAAUGUCGAAGAAAAUUACAGAGUCCUCUUUCGAUCAUGCUUGCAGCGAGUUGGCUAAAGACUUGUCUGACUGUCUGCAGACUGGUUUUACUUACAGAGGAGUAACCUAUCGGCUGUUCGUCAUUGCCUGCAAAGGAGACUGGCCGUUCCUGCUUCGGGCAGGACAUCUGGCAAGGCAUUUUUCGCGAUCUGUCAAAAAAGUUGGCAACGAAGCUAAAGGCAAAGGCAUCUGCCAUUUGUGUAUGGCUGGAACCCAGGAUUACCCAGCAGAAGAGUGUGGCUACACGGAUCCGAAGUGGCUUAGCACGAUUCCAGCACCCCAUCCAUGGCCUGCGACACCCCCACUGCUCAGACACUUGGCGUGCUCUAGAACAGAUCCCAGCACUUUCUAUCAGCCUGACUUGUGGCAUACGGUACACCUGGGUGUUGGUAAGUCCUUUGCAGCCUCCUGCAUAACCAUGGCUAUUCUCACAUUGCCUUCUCUCGUGUGUUUGACGAUGGAAAGAAGAUGGGAAGCAAUCACGGCAGAUUACUUGUCCUGGUGCAAGACUGCCAAGAGACAGGGUUAUGUGACCAAGAUUGGCCCAAGCAUGGUUAACUACGGUGACAGCACUGGUGCUGUCGGUGGAUGGCACAAAGGUCAGUUGACAACAAACCUGUUGCUUUGGUUGGAGUGUUUGUUUCGCAGCAAUGCCAACUUGAACUGUUCGAGGAUCGAGAUGGCCUUACGCGGAGCUGCAUGCCUGAACAGCAUGUUUCGUUUCUUGUACGAUGCUGGUGCUUUUUUGUCACGGACUGAAGCGAUGUAUGUGUCUCGGCGAGGGCUUGUCUUUUUGAGAUGCUACACUGAGCUAGCUCAGCUCUACUUUCGGGAACAGAAGCCCAACCUAUAUCCGCUGAUUCCGAAAAUGCAUUCGAUGGACCACAUCAUGAUCCAGGUUCAUUGUGAUGGUGAGCGGGUUGGCUUUGCAGCCAACCCGCUUUCGACAGGGUGCCAGCAAGACGAGGACGUGGUGGGGCGUGUGUCACGUGUUUCACGUCGGGUGAAUAUUCGACAAGUAAUUCAUAGGACGUUUCAACGCUAUUUAGCCGGCAGCUUUGCUGUGUGGCGUGAAUCUGGCUUGGUGAUAGCUAUGUAG